CACCAUCUUACAUUGAGUAUUUGUCUCCCUUUGAUUAUCCCCACCUUCUCAAUUUCUUUCUUCCAUUUCUUUCUCUCUACUUCUACUCUUAUUUCUUUCUCCCUUGUAUUCUAAUCUUAAUUAUACUUCGAGUUUUGUAGCUGAUCUCCUUUUCCUUUCUUUCAUAAAAUAAUCUCUUCCAAAAUAAAUAAUCCCCAAACCCACAAAAACAAAGAUUAAAAAGAACUGUUCUUCCCCUUCUCUCAUCUAUUUUAAUCUAUUUUUGUUUACUUUCAUUAAAAAAACCAUUAAUCCUAGUACUAUUUUGUGUAUUGAAUGUUGUUGAGAUAAUGGCUGGCUUAGAUUUAGGUACAGCAAAUCGUUAUGUUCAUCAACUUCACCAUCAACAACAUCACCAUAGGCCCGACCUUCACUUACAGCAAAGGUCGGACCCAUCUGAAGACGACGACAAUAACAACAACAAUAACAUUGAUAAUAAUCAUGAUGACCAUGGUCAUGGGUUAGACCUAGUCAACAUAUCUGGAGCUGGGUCUGGGUCGGGGUCCGGUGAUUUGGUAGCGCGUCGACCCAGGGGACGACCCCCUGGGUCGAAAAAUAAGCCAAAACCGCCUGUGAUUAUUACACGGGAAAGCGCUAACACACUCCGCGCGCAUAUCUUAGAAGUGGCUAGCGGAUGUGAUAUUUUUGACUGUGUUGCUACUUACGCUAGGCGUAGGCAACGUGGGAUCUGUGUCCUUAGUGGGACCGGGACAGUAACCAACGUUAGCCUACGCCAGCCUUGCGGAGGCACGACCGGCGGAUCGGCCGUGGUUACACUCCACGGCCGAUUCGAGAUCUUAUCUCUAUCCGGCUCGUUUCUGCCUCCGCCUGCUCCGCCCGGGGCCACCAGCUUAACUAUAUUUUUAGCUGGUGGUCAAGGUCAAGUAGUAGGUGGGAACGUUGUGGGUGAACUUGUUGCAGCUGGGCCUGUUAUUGUAAUUGCUUCAUCAUUUACUAAUGUUGCUUAUGAAAGAUUACCUUUAGAGGAAGAAGAAUCUGGGGCUAACCAGGGUGGUGGUUCGGGUCUUCAGAUGCAGACCGGAACCAAUGGAAACGGAGCCCCGUUUCCAGAUCCGUCUUCUGGGUUACCGUUUUUAAACUUGCCUUUGAAUAUGCAGAACUGUCAGUUACCUGUUGAUGGGUGGGCUGCUAAUAAUUCUGGUGGUAGACCUCCAUUUGGAUAAUACCCGAAAAAAAAGGAGGAAGACGAACCAUUUAGGAUGGACAAAAGAAGUUAUUUUUCUUGUUUAGUUUAGAGAGUUUAUUUUUAGUUAGAGUAUUACAACUUCUCAUCAACUCAAAUUGGACUCCUGACUCAAUCUCAGCCAUUAAUUGAUUGAUAUUGAUGAUGAUGAUGAUGAUUGAUUGCAUUUGGAAGAAUCAGGUCAGCCAAUAAUAUAUCAUGGAACUCUAUAUCAUCCAAUAUUGUUGAUGUAACUUUGUUCUUCUUUUAAUUUGUAUUAUCUUGCCAACUCUGGAAAUAGUCCCUUUCUCUUUUUCCUUCUCUUUCCUUUUUUCUAUUUCUCUUGUUCUUAAUUACUGUUUUUAAUUUAAUUUGAUUUCUGUUGGUGUCUUAAUCUGAAGAACUUAUGUUUUCUUGUUUCAGUGAGAAAAAUGGUG